UUUAACAAGAUGGGCACGAAAUAAGCGAAGGACCGGUUUAGGCUUUUAAGCUUUCCAGUUCCCACCGCUAGAGAGUAGAGAGACGGGGAGAAACUCGAGAGAGAGAUGGUUCUAGUCUUCUAGAAGGGUAAGUCAAGGGACCGUUACCGGUGAGCUGAAGUGAGGGCUAGACUUUUUAAGGUAUGCCGGAAAACCAUCUAUACGUUAAUGCGCCAGAUUUAACGUUUUAGCUUCUCGCCGAUAAACUGAUUUAGGUACGACAGUGGUUUCAGGCCGACGAUAGAGACAGUUAAAACACCAAGGAAAAGGGAAAAAGGAAGGAAGGAAGGUUGAGAGACGAAAGGUUUUUUCUCCUUCCUGGUUUUCCGGUGCGGCAAGUGAAGGAGCCGUAACCGCCAUGGACGAUACUGGAAUCUCAAGGCAUCCAGGACACUUGGAUCCUCGAGCGCAAGAGUUCCGACCGAGAAAUCCUUCUCUGCACAACCAGGUUACUCUCCUUCCACCGCAAAUUUACUACCCAUGCCCUUCUUCCUUCCCACCUACAGGAGUUCAAGCGAUGCGUUUCUAUGAUGGCUACCAUUCAUCCCCUCUAGCGGCGUACCCCAGACCAAACAGCAUAAAUCCACCUCAACUGCCGCCACCGCUUCCGCCGCCUUCAUCUACGGCGACAAGAGCAUUGCUUCUUAGCUCUGUGCAGAAGGACGUUGAUGAAACAAUAGUGAGAAGAGAAUUGGAGGUGUUUGGUGAGGUGAGGGCGGUUCAAAUGGAGAGGUUACAGGAGGGUAUCGUGACGGUUCAUUUCUAUGAUACGAGGCAUGCACAGGCAGCGAUGAGGGAGAUACGAGAGCAGCACAUGCAGCAGCAAAGUAGGCUGAGACAAUACUACAACUCAUUGUUGAACCGGAAUAUAUGGUUUGAAGGGGAGAACUCGGAGGCUCCGGUGCCCCCACCGGCGCGUGGGCUUAUCGCUGGGCGCGCUGUUUGGGCGCAGUUUACGGUACCGACGCCAACUAUUGGGCCCGACGGGCAUAACCAAGGGACGCUAGUGGUCUUCAACUUGGAUUUGGGGGUUUCGACAAACAAGCUUAAAGAAAUUUUCGAGGCUUUUGGGCCUGUGAAGGAAUUGAGGGAAACGCCAUCCAAGCGGCACCAGAGGUUUGUGGAGUUUUUCGAUGUAAGAGAUGCAGCUAGAGCUUUAUCAGAAAUGAACGGAAGUGAACUUCACGGUAAGAAUAUAGUAAUUGAAUUCAGUCGCCCUGGUGGCCAUGGAAGAAGGUUGUUGAAUGCAGCAACUUCUAGUGCGACUACCAUCUCCGCCGCCGUUAUCAACUCCAACAAAGCGGUUUUUGACUUUAAUGGUAGAAGCAGCUAUCACACAAGUAAUGGGAAUUACUCGCAAACACCAACACCUCCGCCGCUACGUCCUAGAUUGUCUGGUUGCUCAACCUCAGAUUCUUGUAUAACUCAUCCCUCUCGAACUCAAUACCCGAAUAAGAAGACGGGUAUUAUCGGGGGGAAUGCUACCUGGAAUAACGAUCCAAGAUCAAAUUAUGGAGCGGAAGCAGCUGUAGCUGUUUCCAUGGGUUCGUUGGCUCUAAAUUCUGUUGGAAAUGGGAUUGAAGGGGAGGGAGACUGCAAUGGGUCGUCGAGGAGGAGCGCUAGGAAGAGCAGCAGCAACAAAAGUAGUAAUAAUUCUUCGACAGCAACGAAGCAGGCGAAGAUUCGGCCAUGGAAGGGCAGACAGAAGAACUCGGAAGCUUAUUUCAUGAUCAAUGAGAACGCGAUUGUUGACUCGGAUUGCAGAGAUACCAGAACCACUGUGAUGAUUAAGAACAUACCCAACAAGUACAGUCAGGCGUUGCUUUUGAACAUGCUGGACAACCACUGCAUACACUGCAACGAGCAGAUUGGCGACGGCGAUGAUCAGCCAUUAUCAUCCUACGAUUUCGUUUAUCUCCCUAUUGAUUUCAAUAACAAGUGUAAUGUUGGAUAUGGGUUCGUGAACCUAACGUCUCCCCAGGCGACAUGGAGGCUCUACAAAGCUUUCCACUUGCAGCCGUGGGAAGUCUUCAACUCGAGAAAAAUCUGUGAAGUUACUUAUGCUCGGUUACAGGGCUUGGAGGCAUUAAAAGAGCACUUCAAGAACUCAAAGUUUGCGUGCGAGACGGACGAGUACCUGCCAGUGGUGUUUUCUCCGCCUCGAGACGGGAAGAAUUUGACGGAGCCAAUGGCUAUCGGCGGCCAUUCAAACGCAGUUUCCAACAAAAAGGUGGUUCAUAGCAGUAAUGGGAAUAUUACGAGAGAAGAUGACGGGACGGAUGAUGGAGAUGGGUUAGAUGGCAACGAAGGUGAUAGCUCGAACAGCUUCUUCGGUAGUAAUGGUGAUGGUGACGGGGACGGCGAUGACGACGACGGCAUUAUUGGUGAUGGGGAUUCUCGGUUUCCGGAAGAAGUGUUUAAUUCCACCAAAGGCAGCAGCAUGACUACUACUCCCUCUACAAAUGCAACAGCCACGCCGCCUAAUGGGUGCUUGAUGAGCACUGAGCCUCAGCUUCAGCAACCGAAGACUUUGAGUCGUGCUCAGGUCAGUUAAUUUGCACAUUGCUCAUCCGCUCCCUCUCGUAUCUCUCCUCUCUUUCUCUUUCGACUUGUAAUUCCAGAAAAAGAUAAUGUUUCACAUGCAAUUUACAAUAUCGAGGAUUUGAUUAUGGUUUACACACUGGAACACUGGAAACAUGGAAGUAUCUAUCAUCUUCCUUCUCUCUC